UCUCCAGCCUCCUCUGCUACACCUGCACCUCAAAUGAGCCCGGCUGCACGCUGGACAAGGUCGACUGGUUGAUCCACUCGGCGACGAGCUGUCCCAACUACAACGACAAGUGCGUCAAGAUCAUCGAGACGACGGGAGCGGACACCAAGGUCGUCCGGGGCUGCCUCUCCGCGGUGAUGCCCUACCGGCGGGACAUUCCCGCGGACCAUUACGAGGGCUGCCGGCCGGCCACCUUCAGUCCGAAGAAGAACGUCUACGUCUACAAUGAGAUCAAGGAGCUGCAGCUGAACCAGCGUCCCUACAACAACAUCACCUACUGCUUCUGCGAGUUCGACCACUGGUGCAAUGGCGGGCGGACGCCCUUCGACCGGGGCACCGCCAUGGUGGUCACCUUGGCCGGCCUUCUGGUCGCCUUCUUCUUCGUCGGCGGGCAUCGAGGAUAA